AUCAGCCCGGCGCCAAAAACUUAGGCACUCAGUCGCCCUGAGCUCGUAUUGCGUCACGAGUCUCGCUCCUCACACAAGCAGAGCGACCCCUCCUCGGCGAGCACACACGCGCUCAUCAGGUGGCGGUGGCGCACCGGCCUCACAUGCUGCUGGAGCAGGUGCUGGCCACAGCCAAGAAAAUGACGGGAGCCGGCGAGCCCGGCGCCGCAGGCGAGCCGGGCGGGUCGCACAAGCUCACAGACUUCCUGGCUACGCUGGUCACCUACCCCGCCCUCUACAUCUUCGCCACAGCCGCCAGCAGCGGCAGCGGCAGCACAGCACCCGAUGAGCCCGGCGGCGGCGUGGGGGGCGCCGCUGAUGGCAAGUUCCUGGCCGGCGCCCGCGACGCCGUCACGGGGCUGGCCAAGCGCGUCACCGGCACCACCACUACCACCACACAGCCAGCGGGCGAGCACCACCAGCAGCACCACCAAGGGCACCAGGGGCAGCAGCAGCAGCAGCAAGGGCUGCAGGCACUGCUGCCCAAGUCGCCCAUCGGCGGCGGCGGUGUCGGUGGCGGCGGCGGCCCGGUGAUGGGUCUGGCUCCCGAGGUGCGCUACCGCCUGUCGGACUUCCCAGAGGGCCGGGCGCUGGUGGCGCUGGAGAGGUGGUGUCGCGAGCCGGUGCAUCUGGGGCUGCUGUCGGAGCUGUGGGCGGCGGCGCGUGAGUACGGCCGCGGCUACGUGGCGUCGGGGGCAGCGGCGCCCUGGCUGGCCGACAGCCUGGGACCCUGGCUGGAGUCCUUCCCCGACGCCGCGCCGCCGCUGUCGCUGGAGGCGGUGGUGGAACGCGCGGUGGCGGACGCGCAGGAAGGCUUCAGAGCCGAGGCAGCCAGCAUCAGCGCGGGCGCCGGCCCCAGUAUGGAGGCGGGCGGCCCGGCGGCAGCGGGCUGGGAGGGCGGGCUGCCGCUGCGGCGCCUGGCGGCGGCCGCCGGCCCCAACCUGACCCACAUCAGCCGCCAGCUGCAGCAGCGCUACCGCCUCAGCCGCGGCCGCACAUGGUUGGAGUUCACGCAGAUCUUCCUGGGCGCCUUCCGCACCUGGCUGCGCCUGGUGGCGUACGGCCUGUCGCUGGCGGCUGUGGCGCUGCGGCUGCUGGGCACCGGCGCCAGUGUGCUGAGCGGCGCGGUGGCCUUCACGGUGGUGUUCUCCAUCGCGCUGUCGGUGCUGUCGGCGGCGCUGCAGCUGGGCGGCGGCGCGGCGGACGGCAUCUCGGCGCUGCUCAGGCGACUGGCCUCCAUGACCGAGAGUGUGGCGCACCGCAGCAACACGGGAUACGUGCGCCAGACGGUGGAGGGAGACCUGGUGGGCCCCCGCAGUCUGGACCCGGCCAGCUUUGAGGAGCUGGAGGACCUGUUCGUGUGCCAACUGGCGCCGCGGCUGAGACUGCGCUCGCGGCCCGACGCCGCCCGCCUGGCCGGUGACCCGCUGCUGCUGCGCUGCUACGACCUGCGGCUGGUGGACGGGGCGGGGCAGGUGAUGGUGGAGGAGGCGGAGGCGGUGGUGCCGCGGUUUGAGCCCACUGGCUUCUUCGGACUGGCGCCGCAGGCGGUGCGCAAGGCGGGUGCGGUGCUGCUGCUGCGGCUGCUGGCCUGGAAGCGCGUGGGGCUGUGCUGCGCCUCCGCUGAGAGCCUCAAGUACGUGUUUGUGAUGGGCGAGCGCGGCGCCGGCCGGGCCACCGCCUUCGCGCGACUGGCGCAGCUGCCGCUCGACUACAAGGUGCCUCCCUCCGUGCCCGCCGAGAUCCGGCCCAUCCAGCGCCUGCCCGGCGCCUUCGCGGUGCUGCCCGCCGGCCUGGACGCCGACCCCGCCGCCUGCCCCGCAGUGCUGGCGCGGGCGCAGCACUUCGCGGACCUGUCGCACGGCGUGUUCUCGGUGCUGGUGUACCUGGUGGGCGUGGACAGCGCGCCCUCGCCCGAGGCGCUUGGGCCGGCGGUGUGGCAGGCGCUGGCGGCGCGGCGGCCGCUGCUGCUGCUGGUGAACAAGGGCAUCAAGCUCACGGAGGCGCUGAGGCGGUGCACAACAUGUUGAAUGGUGAUUACGACUAUCGCUAG